AUGCUUGCCAUAACUGUUAUCCAAGUCUCCCUUUUUUCCCUACAUUCUUCACCUUUUGCAGUGCAAAUGGUCAAAUCAUUAUCAGCAAAACCAUGUACCACUGUUAUUUUCAGGUGCAGCUCGCGAAUUAGAGAAUUUGAUAACAUGACAAAUCAUAUUUUCUCUCCCAUUGAUAUUCCAACUACCAGUGAGGAUGUUAUGGCCCAAGACAUCAUUAUUUUUCAUACAGUAUUCCUUAUAAGAUAUAGAUAUUGCAACCUUUUGAAUGUUUUUGAUUGUGUUGCCAGACUCGAAAUUUCCAAGGGAAGCAAUCAAAAAGAGUGA